AUGUUAGGAAGCCACAAGAGUCGGCACCAUUCGAUAGCUGAACCGAUACCUUCCAGUCCGCAGCUCAUGUGGUUGGGCGCCCACCCAUUUCACAUUGAACCUCGUGUCGCUCGACCAUCACUCAUACGUUCUCCACCUCUGUCGCCAUCCAAAUAUCACGUAGGCUACUUCGGUGAAGAAUCUCUGGGAAGAUUCGAUUCACCUACUGAUAUUCUGUACUGUCAUGCGAGGUACUCUCAUGGUUCCACUCCAUCGAUAGCCAACGCAAGUCCGGAUGUGGGAGCGAAUGUACGACGACGACAUAGUUCAAAGCUUCCUCAAGAGUCCGUCAAGGUCCGUCGAGUGUCAUUCAGCCAGGAUGUUCAGCGUGAAGGUUGGCAACCGCAUCGGGCGAAGGAUCAGGUUGAUGAUACUAUUCGUCUACAGUCGCCUAAUGUGACAGAUGUCGAAGACAAAGACAGAUCCGACACCGAAGCUCGCCAACCAUCAUCACCGAUCUCACCCAUUUUGAAGACACCAAUGACAGCCAACAUUGCCCAACCCAUAUCUCAGCUCACAAAGAGUCGACCAUUCCCGGGCCGAACUCAACAUGUAUCAAUAAGGCGAGAUCCGGUAAUGCUCUGCGCUCAUUCACCCAUAUCCGCCACUCCUGUACCCAUCGAGAAGAUCCUGGACAACUUAUCCCUCGAACCAAGUCCUACAAGUCCAUUCAAGAUCCAAGAUUUGAUACCCGCUAGUCUGUCUGACCCGGUUUAUCGCACGUAUCAUGGUCUUCCCUCGGGCAGUCCUCAAUAUCUCGAGUUUCGUACGCGCAAAGACAGAGAUCGUAUCCUACGAGCAAAAGCCAAUUCGAUGGCUUUCGACUCGCCUCCGGGAGAUAGCGUUGGUAGAGGAGUACAUCGUCGUGUCACUUUGCAUUGA